CCCCACCCCAUCUUUCUCUCUCUAGAAUUAGGGUUUCGACUCAGUCGCUCCCUCUCUCUCUCAGUUGCCGAUCGAUCUUCGUGCUUCAAUGCCUGCGAAUCUCCGGCUGAGAUUUUCCUCGAAGUGCCAGAUUGUUCAAUUCCUUGGGCGAUUGCGGCACGCCGUCCCGGAGUUCGUCGUGUAUUCGUUUCGGUUUAAAUAGCGGGUUCCGAUUGAAUUGGAGCGGCGUCCGCUGGUUGUUUGAUGGCUCCCAGCCGGAGGAAGGGAGUUAGCAAGGCCGCUCAGGCCGCCGCUGCUUGCCGCCAAUGGAAGGUCGGCGAUCUUGUACUUGCUAAAGUCAAAGGCUUCCCUGCUUGGCCGGCUACCGUAAGUGAACCAGAGAAGUGGGGCUACUCUGCUGAUUGGAAGAAAGUUCUAGUCUUCUUCUUUGGAACCCAACAGAUAGCGUUCUGCAACCCUGCAGACGUUGAGGCAUUUACUGAGGAGAAAAAACAGUCUCUUCUGGGCAAGCGUCACGGAAAAGGUGCUGAUUUUGUUCGUGCAGUCAAGGAGAUUAUUGAUAGUUAUGAUAAGCUGAAGAAAGAGGACCAAGUUGAUGAUUUCAAAUCCACCGCAAAUGGAAGGAACACAGUGGAUUCUUUGUCCAACUUGCGUUCAGAGGAUCAGUCAGAAGUUCCUGAAGCAAUUCUGGAUUCACAUUCUAAAUCUUCACAUUCAACAAUUGAUAGAAAUGAGCCAAGUGUUUCUGUCGAGAAUGCUUCAGCAACUGCACAAGUAGAUGCCAUGCACGAUAAGGAGGCCUUAAUUGAGGAACCUGCUGCUACAGCAACGAUUACUGAAACACCUCUUCCAGUGACCUACUCUUCAAGAAAGAGAUCAAGAGACUUGCGAUCACAGAAAGAGGAAGCACAAGCUCGUAGGUCAAGAAGUUCAUCCAGGAUGGAAUCACGUAGAGUACGCAACUCAAGAAUGUCAUGUGAUGAUGAUGACAAGAAUGCUGGGGAAGUAUCUGGUAAUGUAGUUCGGAAUGGAUGUCUAAGAAGGAAUAAACGAGUACGGAAAUCACCUGAUGCCUCUGAGUGUGAUGAUGUGAAUUCAGCUGCUUUUGUUUCAAAUGGUUGUAUUGAAGAUAAUGGUUCUGAAGUUGCGACAGUUGAUUCUGAUACAUUUAGUCUGAAUGAAGGCAGUGCUGUUGAUUCUGGUUGUAAAGGUGAACACUCGGAGGCUGUUGCCGAAUGCUUGGAUGGUGAUGCUGAGUUGGUCAAAAGACUUGAUCUCCAAAUAAAGGCUGUUGUUAUCAAGAAGAAAAGGAAGCCAAACAGAAAGCGAAUUACUAAUGAUGCAGCUGAGCCUAUUGCUAUGGUGGACAAGGAGACAGUUUUGGAGGUAAAGCAAAGUAGUAAUCAAACUAUACAGAAUGAUUGUGGGAAGAUGAAUGGAAAUUCCUCCAAGGAAGAUGGAGAUGAGCACCUGCCAUUGGUGAAACGAGCGAGGGUGCGAAUGGGCAAACAAUGUUCUGCUCACGAGGAAGUAGCUAGCUUUGCACACACUGAAGAAAGUCACAAGGAAGUUGUACUCAAUCCAUUGGGGCCAGUCAGCACAUUAUCAAAUUGUGAUGAAAAUUGCCCUUCUGGUAGGGACUUGUCUGUGGUAAAUGAAGUUUUGGAUAAUAUUACACCAUCUGGAGGUUGCAGUGGCAUUUUGGGAAACAGACCUCAGCUUUGGAACACCAAGAAUGACCAAUCAUUUGGUUGCUCGGUUGAUGGCGAAGCUGUUUUACCUCCAUCUAAGCGUCUUCAUCGUGCUCUAGAAGCCAUGUCAGCUAAUGCUGCUGAAGAUGAUAGAUGUAAUUAUGAAUCUUCAGUCACAAAGAUGUCUACUAUUGGUUGUCAUCAUUCUUCCACAAGCUCAUGCCCUCCUAUGACUGUAGAAAGUAAUACAGGGACUGGAUUGGGACUGCAGAGUGAAGACUCUUUGGGCAUUAAUACGUCAGGGGUUGAUGCUUCUGGAUUCUCUACCAGUUUAAACCCUGUAGUCUUGGAGGAAAAUGCUAAAUCAGUUGUGGUAGUGAAUGCCGAUAAAAAAGCUGAGAGUCCGAACACCCAAAGUCAUGAAUGCUCUAUUAAUGAGUUACCAGAUUCUGGAGACCAUGUUGGUGGUAAAGAUCUUAGUGGUGGUUUUUCUGAUUGUCACAUUAUGGGAAGUCCAGGGCAUUUAUCGCCAAAUAUGGACAGAAGUGAGGCUGGUACUGGGCUUAAUGAAAGUUCAAUUGAUGAGUUGCCUAUGAAGGACAAAAACAAAGACAAAGAUGAAUUGAGCCAUUGUGAAGCAGAAAAUCCUGAUAUUGAAUGUGAUACUUCAGAGCAUACUUUGAAGAGCAUAGAUCCUCCUGUAUCAGGCACCAACCAUGGAAUUUCUGAAUUUUCACCUUUAAACAUGGCUAGUCCACUUCAUUAUGGUGAAGAGGGCCCCGGUGAGAAAGUUGAGGGUUUGGAAUCCCACGUUCAAGAUACGAGAGAAGUCAAUGACAUCUUUGAUGUGGUGAAAGAGGUUGAAAAUAAACAAACAGAGAAUGAUCCAAGCUCAGUUUCCUAUCCAAAUGAAUACCUGGGUGAUAAAAAUGUCUCUGGUAUCCGGUCAAGUCCAUCCCUAACAGAUGGAGGAGAUUCUAUUGCACAUGCAUCACCUCUCAAUACGUCAGGCUGUCACAUGUCGACUUCAGAUAGUAGUAAUAUUCUUCAGAACAAUGGCAGUUGUAGUCCAGAUGGUGAUUUGCAGAACAGGAGAACUUCAUCUAUUCAACUUGGUGAGGACGGAAAGUCCGAAUCAGUUGUCAGUCAAAGACCAAAAUCUGUGAGCAAGUACUCAGAAAUACAUGCAACUCUGUUAUCAUUUGAUACAAUGCUUGGAACAUUGACAAGGACCAAGGAGAGCAUUGGUCGAGCAACUCGUGUUGCUAUGGACUGUGGAAAGCUUGGUGUAGCUGCUAAGGUGUUGGAAAUUCUUGCCCGUUAUUUGGAAACUGAGUCAAGCUUACACCGGAGAGUGGACUUGUUCUUCCUGGUGGAUUCAAUUGCUCAAUGCACCCGAGGGUUGAAGGGUGAUGGUUGUGGUAUGUACCCUUCUGCAAUCCAAGCAAUCCUGCCACGGUUAUUGUCAGCUGCUGCUCCUCCUGGAAGUUCUGCACAUGAAAAUCGUAGACAGUGUUUAAAGGUUUUGAAACUUUGGUCAGAGAGAAGGAUUGUUCCAGAGUCCAUAAUUCAUCGCCAUAUGCGAGAAUUAGAUACAUAUGGUGUGUCUUCUUCUUCUGGUGCAUAUGGUAGGCGCUCCGCGAGAACGGAAAGGUCUUUGGAUGAUCCUCUUAGAGAAAUGGAGGGCAUGCUUGUUGACGAAUAUGGAAGCAAUUCAAGUUUUCAACUUCCGGGAUUUUGUAUGCCCCGCAUGCUCAAAGAUGAAGAUGAUGGAUGUGAUUCUGAUGGGGAAAGUUUUGAGGCUGUCACUCCUGAGCACAAUCCUCAGGCCCAUGAAGAACAAGAAACCACACCUGCCACUGAAAGACAUAGGCAUAUCUUGGAAGAUGUGGAUGGAGAGCUUGAAAUGGAGGAUGUGGCUCCUUCCUGUGAUGUUGACGUCAGUUCAUCUUGUGGUGUUGCCGGAGCCAAUGGUGUGCAGGCUUCACAUAAUCAGUUUGAACAGAAUUGUCGACCGUACUUUGCCCCUCCACUACCUCGAGAUGUGCCACCGUCAUCUCCUCCACUACCAUCUUCUCCUCCGCCUCCGCCCCCUCCACCACCACUGCCUCCACCUCAUGUCGUGCAUCCUCCAUGCGCUAUGCCCGAUGCCUAUAUGAGCAGUGUUGAUUCAAAGUCCUACACUGAUGCACAUAAUGUGCAUGGCAACAGAGUUCACCCUCCACCUCAGCAGUUGAAUUCACCAAGAGUGAACCAUACAAUUCCCGAUGCUGUGCACUAUCUUGCCCCUGAAUGCAGAGAUCAUCAGAGACAGAUGCCUGAUUCUACAUCGUGCUCUUAUAGUAGUUUUCCUACAUAUUCAGAGAGAAAUGUGACACACUCUGAUGGUGCUACCUUCCAUAAUGAAGGUUACCCUUUACGACCACCUCAUGCUCCACCAUCCAAUCAGUUCUCUUAUGUUCAAGGAGACCAACCGGUAAAGCCACAAUGCGAGGCUCCGCCUCCUUAUCACAACAGAUUUGACUAUGGGGACCGAGAGAACUAUUACAAUAAUCAUGAAAGAAUGAAACCUGGCCCAUAUGAGCCCUGCGAUAGCUGGAGAUUUCCUUCACAUUAUUUUUCAGGUCCUCGAUAUCCUGAUAAAGGCAAGAUGUCUUAUGGAACUGGUGCAUAUGCUGGCCCUCCAUGUGAACCAACAAGAGGACCUGGCCAAGAUUGGAGAUAUCCUCCCCGCUCGAUGAGCCACAGAGACUCUAUGCCCUUUAGACCACCUUUUGAAGGUCCCAUACCCAUCACAGGCAGAGACUGGGAAAAGUUGCUGCUUAAAAGUUUUCAAGCUACUAUAGGGGACGUUAAAAUUAGAGAGAGUCUAGAGAGAAGAGAAACAGAGAAAAUGGGUGGUUCCCAAUCUGUCUCUGAGAAAUCCAUCCAUGAAUUCACUGUAAAGGAUAGCAGAGGGAAGGAGGUGGACCUCAGCGUUUACAAAGGGAAGGUUGUCCUCGUUGUCAACGUUGCUUCCAAAUGUGGGUUUACUGAUACGAAUUAUACUCAAUUGACUGAGCUUUACACCAAAUACAAGGAGAAAGGUUUUGAGAUCUUGGCAUUUCCGUGCAAUCAGUUUCUGAGGCAAGAGCCCGGCACAAGCCAGGAUGCUGAACAAUUCGCAUGCACAAGGUACAAGGCUGAAUAUCCAAUAUUCAAGAAGGUACGUGUCAAUGGGCCAGAAACCGAACCUGUUUACAAAUUCCUCAAAGCAAGUAAAUCUGGAUUCCUGGGGAGUAGGAUAAAGUGGAACUUCACCAAGUUCUUAGUUGACAAGGAUGGCCAUGUCAUUGAACGGUACGGCCCAACCACCUCCCCGUUGAACAUUGAGGCCGAUAUCAAGAAAGCGCUCGGGGAAGUGUGACAUUAUCAGGCAGUUCAUCUCCAGACAGUAGUGAAAGAGCAUAGGAGUUCUUAUGUUUAAUUAUCUUUAUCCCCGGUGUCUAUAUUACGUCUUCUCUAGCUCUUCCUUCCCGUCUGUGUAACCAUUCUCCCUUUUUUGUUUAUCGGUAAGAACCCUUCUCGUGUUUGUGUUUAUUUUUCUGUAUAAUUCACGUUUUUUGUAGAGAUCAUAUGAAAUCAGAGUACACUCCAGAUGAACAAUAUGAGUUGUUCCAUCAGGUGUCUUAGAGUGGAACUGUGGAAUUGUGAUUCUUGUCUAUUUGGUCGGAAAAUAUCACAAUGCUGAUAAUGUACUUGCUUAGGUUCUUUCGUUUCUUCA